AUGACGUCCCCUAUUGUUCGAGUACACUGGUUAAAUGAAUCAAGAGCGUUCAGAGUUUUGUGGUUAUUGGACCAUUUAAAAAUAGAUUAUGAAAUCGUUCCUUAUAAGAGAGGUGCGGACAAACGGGCACCUGAGUCCUUAAAGAAAGUUCAUCCUUUGGGAAGAUCUCCAGUUCUUGAAAUCGAAGAUAGAGAAACAGGAAAGAAGAAGAUAAUUCCUGAAUCAGGCUUUAUUUUCCAAUACGUAUUACAACAUUUUGACAAGUCAAAGAUCCUGGGAAACGAUGAUCCAGAUAAGGCUGAUCAAAUUCAAUAUUAUCUCUUUUAUUCGGAAGGAUCGUUACAACCUCCUUUGAUGAUUGAAUUCAUCCUAUCUUUGGCCAAGGAAUCACCUGCUCCGUUCCCCGUCUCCUAUCUGGUAGGAAAGGUUGCUGACAAGAUAAGCGAGAAGUAUUCAAAGGGUGAAUUGAAGAAUCAGUUAGAUUUCAUUGAGAAUGAAAUCUCUAAAAACAAUGGUUAUUUAGUAGAUGGAAAGUUGAGCGCAGCUGAUAUUUUACUCUCACUUCCUUUGCAAAUGGCAUUUGCUCGCGGCUUUGCAAAAGCUGAAGAAUACCCAAACAUUCAAGUUUGGUCGAAGAAUAUUAAAGCUGUGGAUUCUUUUGAAUCUGCUAAAGAGAAGGCCGAAGCUCUUGGUGCCAAAUUUUAA